UCCAACUUCUCUGUGUGUUCAUGUUUUUCUCUGUUUAUCUUUGCUCUUCUUCUUUAGUGUUCAUAUUUAUGAAUAUACUGUAAAAAAAAUAUUUUAGACAAUUUUAUGAGUUUUCAAAAUUUCCCACAUGUUUUACUUGAACAAUACUAUUUUUGUUUUAAUGUUGAUUUGUGGUGAAAGUUCAAGGCUAUCUAGGAGAAAAGGGAUUACAUUGUUGCAUUGUGUUGCAUUUCUUUAUUGCUUCAGUCCUCCUUCAGUUCUGGGAGAGAAAAGUCUAUUUUAAAGUCAUUCUUUCUGGUGUAAUGGAGAGAUGUUAAGGGUAUUUACUGGUGGUUUUGAGCCUCAGUGAUUGGGGAAGGUCUUGGGGAAAUCCCUUGGAGUGUGGGAAACAUCAGGUGGAGCCCUGUCUCUGUGAGGGGCACCCUGAUCACUUUAGUGGGAGAUUGGCGUGUUUUUGUCUUUGCCAUACACUGCGAGAGGGGGGAUGGAUUUUUUUGGCAGGCUUCAACUACACAUUAUGGCCCCCCGCUUUUCCCAGCUCUUGCCCCCUCUUUCUCUAUGCGCUGCCGUGCAAAGAGCGUGGCUGGAAAAGGGGGCUUUGCAUAGUUGCCAGCCUCGUCACACUCCCCCUCGCCCUCCGGCUUUGGCUAAUCUCUUAAAAGACUCAGCCCAUAAGAAUCCGGCAUCUUUCUUUAUGUUUGCCGGCACCCUUUACGUCACGUUUAUCCCCAAAUCUGAUCCCUGUGAGGCUGAUAAUAAAGACAUUUUUAUGGAUUUGGACUUUUUUUUUCCUCCUUUUUUGGGGGAAUUGGGGUGAAUUUUUUCAGUUCAUCUGUAUUUAUUCAGUAGUAAUCAGUAUUGAUGUGUUUAUUGGCAGAAUUUACACAGCAGAACGUUUCAACAUUUUCUUAAGUGUACUCUGGAGAGUGUCUUUUGCUGAAGGGAAGCGCCUCCAGUUCUUCUGCUGAUAACUUGGAGAGUGGGAAGGGUGUGUGUGUGUUUUUUUUUUCUUCGUCCUGAGAAAUUCUGUUGGUCUGGAAUCCCACGGCACCCUUUGAGACGGGUUUCACACCUCGGUGCUCGCAGGGAGAAGAAACGUCCUCUCCGCUCUGCAGCUGGCCGCCCUGUUUAUGUGCCCAGUGGAUCCCAGUCACCCCGCUGGGAGGUGCAGUCUCAUCCGAAAACAAAUGGGGAAGAGUCCUUGACUCGCCUGUUGACCUGGUGUAUGUGUGCGUUGGAGUUGGACGGGCCCAUCCACCGCGUGGGUUGUUUAUCAAUGUUUCUUUGUCAGUUUAACUGCUUUCAUCUGGGGGAAUUGAUAAAGGGCUUGGCUCGCAUGUAGAGUGCAGUAAUCAUCCUCCCACUGGUUCAUGCAGGCAGAUGCUCUGAACUUCUCUCUUGCUCGCCAGUGUUGACCCCAGCACACGCCCAUAUGUUCUUGUUUUUCUUGGACGUUCUCAAAAUAUUUUUCUGUUGUGUCUUCCUAUUUUGUUAACCUCUGGGGGAAUGUCAAACCAAGCCUUGUUGAUGUUUGGCUGGGACGUUCAACGUCAACACCCAAAUUAAUAAAGCACACUGAGAGCUUAACCAGGGGUACUCCCAUGUGGGUGUUCAAAAUGUCAGUCAAAUGGGGUCAAGUUGGGUCAGUGCAAGAUGUACUUGCAUGUGUCUUAAGAUAACAACAAUUCUGGGCUGGUGGGUUGGUUGCACCAACAGAGAUGCGAAGUGGAAAAACGUGUCACUUUGAAAUGCCAAAGGCUUGCAUCUCACACUUGGGUCAUCAAGGGCACCCCAACCAAGCCCUCAGUGCCUCAAUCCAUGUCUUAAAAAGGUUGUCACAUCCACAGCGACAGAUAAACACAUCUGUGCAAGUUCAUUAAUAGAUUAACUGUUUACGGGCCAACAGGGUGUGGACAAAUGCCGCCUCAAGGAGCCGCCCCAAACUGUUUGCCUAGCUAACCUUAGGAGUGGAAGGGUAAGACACCCCCAGGGCCAUGUGCCAAACCAGAGCAGCCAACCUCUUGGGGAAGGCAACAACUGGCACGGGGGGCUGAAAGGAGAUAGCAGGGUGUAGCCACCUCCUCAGCCUCCAUGUCCCAUGACCCAGAGGUGGGGCCGGGUAGAUGCAUAGUGCCCUCAUGCUGAUCCUCCAGCUGAGGGCUGGGUCGGAGGGUGAGGGUGUCAUGUGCCCCCUGGCAUCGGCACAUUCCCCCCCCUUCUUCAAGGAAGCCUCCAUCUCUUCUUACCGCCCCACCCUCUGGAACACACGUAGAACCAUAACAUUUACAACCGCGACCUGCCGAGCAUGCCAAGACACUGAUGGGUGCAAGCAGGAGCUGUGGAAAGGAAGUUGGAUACUGCCAGUGGGGGUUAGAGAAUGAGGCCAAGCACAAUGGCAACGUACAGCACCGCACUCGAGGUCCCCUCGCUCCCACCCAACAUAACGUGCGCACCCGUCGACAACACGGCGGAAAACCUGAUCUUCGGAAGCUACUACAUCCUGGUCUUCCUCCUGGCCCUGAAUGGCAACAGCCUGGCCCUGUGGAUCUUCUCUCGCCAGCGCGGGACCUCCUCGCCAGCUAACGUCUUCCUGAUGCACCUGGCCGUGGCCGACCUGUCCUACAUCAUCAUCCUGCCCCUGAGAGCCACUUACCACCUGACGGGUGGGCACUGGCCCUUCGGCGAGAUCCCCUGCCGCCUGGCAGGCUUCCUCUUCUACGUCAACAUGUAUGCCAGCAUCUAUUUCCUGGCUUGUGUGGCGGGGGAUCGGUACCUGGCGGUGGUGCAUGCCGUGCGCUCGCUCAAGCUCCGUCAGGCUCGCUACGCCCACAUCGCCAGCUUCAGCCUGUGGGCGUUGGUGACGGUAGCCAUGGCACCACUCCUGGUGACGCGGCAGACGGCGGAGAUGAAUGGCUCGACCGUGUGCCUGCAGCUGUACAGGGAGAAGGCGUCCCGUAAGGCGCUCGUCUCCCUGGGCGUGGCCUUCAUACCACCCUUUCUGGCCACCCUGGCCUGCUACCUGCUCAUCAUCCGCAGCCUGAGGCGUGGCUCGCGGCUGGAGCCAUCCCUUCGACUGCGGGCGCUGCGCACCAUCGGCCUGGUCAUGCUCAUUUAUGUGGUCUGCUUCCUACCCUACCAUGCCAGCCGAGCCACAUACAUCCUAGGCUACAGCCUGGACCUGCCCUGCCGCACCCAGAGAGCCUUGGCGCUGGCCAAUCGGCUCACCUCCUCCCUCACCUGUCUAAACGGGGCCCUGGACCCCCUGGUUUACCUGUUCGGGGCGGAGAAGUUUCGGGGGACUCUGCAGAAGCUGCUGUGCAGGGGGCAGGCGGCCGGCUCCAGCGCCACCAGUGGUGACCUAAAGGGUACGCACGAGAGCUCGGUCAGCGCCAAGUCUGAGUUCUAGAAGAUGAAGUGCUGAGAUUCUGAGAUAUCUUUUUUUUAUGGACUGGAUGUAAGUGGUUUGGGCAGGGUACCCAAACACAUCCUAAAUUUAUACUGUUUUAAAUCUCAUGUCUCAUAGAGCUUGUUAUGAGCCUCCAUAUUCAUACAUGCUAACAUAAAACAUUAUACAGCAGCACUAUACUGAAAUGUAAUGUUAUAUUACGAAAAGAAAAUAAUCAAUCUUUUCAUAAUAAAACACUGAUGUUUUUAGUAUGCAGGUAAAACACAGACUGUUCAUUUAAUUAUUUAACAUACACUAAUUAGUUUUAGUGUUUGUGUAUAACUCUGAACAGGGAUCUAUGGUUAUGGAAGAUCAUAACAAGUAUUAUGAAGCAUUACUAGCAUUAUUGUGGAUAUCUUAUAAACCUUUUUGGGGGCAAUUAUAUCUUAUCUCUAUCUCAUCCCUUUGUCCUUAGAGAGAUAUUACACAAGCGUUUAAACUGAGCCAAUCUCUUCCAGAAUGUGAUAAAAUGAAAAAAAACUGGAGGCAUUUUGCUUUAUCUGACAAAGCAAAUUCUUUCUGUGGUAUCAGAUAGAAUUAUAUGAUAUUUACAGGACCUUGUAUUAGUGCUCUUCCUCAAAACGAGUGACCCUUUCCACAUUUCUCUCUUUAUCUACACACCCUACUACCUUAUUACAAAGUUGGCUAUGGCUACUUUUGUAUUCUCUCUAUUUGACAGGCUGAGGUUGUUUAUAUACACAACUCCAUGCUUGAAUUUGUAAAUAUUGUAAGACUACUCUGCACCAGUCAAAGAUCUGGUACCUGGACAUUCACUGCCUUCUUUCACUCAAGGAUUGUAGGUCAUUCUAACUUGGAUUCAUAGGUUCAUAUUAACUCUACAUGUAGAUGUGAAAACCAUAAAGAAUUUAAUAUAGUAAAGCCACACAUCAUCCUCAGUAACGUUGUAUUUCAUCAAUUUCCCGUUUGCUAUUUCAUAUACUAUGCAAUAUUGCUUGUGCAGAUAGUCUUUCAAGCCAAAUCCACUGUUUGCUGUGGCACAUGACUUUUUGAUUUUUUUUUUUACAUUUAUUGCACUCUUUUACUACAGUGUUUCUGAGCUUUUGACAUGACUGUUAUUAUUUUAAACUUUUGAGUGUUGCCUUUCUGCACUAUGAUGACUCAAUCUGAAACUAUUUCCUGUUUGCAUUUUUAUUUAUUAUUUUUCAGUUUGCCUUUUACUGUGUUUAUCAGCUAUUCAAUAAAUCAGUAUAUUACA